CUGCACUGAUAGCUCAGUGUAGAGAUCUACAGUCGCACACAGAUCACAUCUGGAAGUGAGAAGCUGCUGUCGUCCAGUGAUUAGCCUUCUGUUACUCUGCAGUCAUGUUGCUGUUACUUGCUGCCAUUUUUCUUCUCCACAUCGCCUGCAUCUGUCUUCUGCUGACCGCCACCAUCCAUAACGCCUGGUGGAUGAACAACGAUCUGUCCACUGAUAUUUGGUCUCGCUGGACUCUGAGUGGUGGAAACUGGAACAACACUGAGAUUCCUGCUCACUAUCCUAAAGAUUAUCUGCAGGCGGUCCAGGCCAGCUCUGUGCUCGCGUGCAUCUUCUGCAUCCUGGGCCUGUUCGUGUUCGUGGCUCAGCUCUACGCACUACCUAAAGGAAGACGCUUCCUGUUCACUGGAGCCUUCCAGCUGCUGGCCUGGCUGUGCAUCAUGAUCGCGGCCUCCAUCUACACAGACAUCUUCCAUAAACAGGAUUCGGGCUGGUACGGAGCCUCCUUCAUCCUGGCCUGGAUCUCCGUCUGCCUCACCUUCAUCUCCAGCAUCACCUACUGCAUCCUGCGCAAGAAGACGGCGUGAAGAACACACACACACACACACACACACACACAAGCAGAUGUUUAAACACUCAAGCUGUUGAUCAUCCUCUGAUCUCAGAACUGCUCAGGUCGGCCUCCAGUGUCUCAAAGCGUCUGUAGAUCAACAUAUCUUAUCCAUUAUAUACAGCUGAAUGUAAUCUUAGUGUUUAAAUCUGUCAUUGUUUUGUUGUAAAUGUAAUGUCUAGUCAUUGCUUCGGGCUGUUUCACGCUCAUCUGACACGAUGAGCCCCAUCGAGCUUGUUACGGGUGAUUCUUCAUUAGACUACCUGAUGAUUUGUUUCUGUUCAAAUGUUUAUCACGUGUCCUGUACUAAUGAUCUGAUCCACCCAACAGUGGAUUUGGGCAAUUUACCCAUAUACAUGUUGGUCACUGCGAAAUAUCAUUACCGUCAUGACAUGAAAUAACAAUUUGAUUAUUAUGAUGUUGCUUUUUUUUAAAUUAAAUCACUUCACAACACAUAAGACCCAAGAUUUAGAGACAUUUUCACUGAUGAUGUGCACUGAGUUGGUAAUGAUCCUGUGUUUUAGUGAUCGAUUCUGGUCAUAAUUUAAGAAAUUCUGAAAGACAUAAGAUUUUUUUUUAAAUAAAUAAAUAAAUAAGACAUA